GCUCCUGGACCAUGCGCCCCGGCGCCUCCCCGCAGGGCCGCCGGCGGGGACUCGGUUUCUUAAGCUGAGAGCCCAAACCUGGUGACUUUGCUUCUCCCCAACGACUGAAUCAUGCCAUGUGCCCAGAGGAGCUGGCUCGCAAACCUGUCGGUGGUGGCUCAGCUCCUGAACUUUGGGGGCCUGUGCUAUGCGCGGCACCCGCAGCCCGGCCGGGUGCGCUUCCCCGACAGCAGGCAAGAGCAUUUCAUCAAGGCCCUGCCAGAAUACCACGUGGUGGCACCUGUGCGUGUGGAUGCCCGAGGGCAUUUUCUGUCCUAUGGCCUGCACCAUCCCUUUGGUGGCAGCAGGAGGAAGAGGGACUUGGAGAGCCCAGAGGACCGGGUGUACUACAGAAUUUCCCACGACGGGGAGGACCUGUUUUUCAACCUGACGGUCAAUCAGGGAUUUCUUUCCAAAAGCUACAUCGUGGAGAGAAGGUAUGGGAACCUGUCCCACGUUAAGAUGGAGGCGUCAUCUGCCCCGCCCUGCCAUCUCAGGGGCACAGUUCUGCAGCAAGGCACCGGCAUGGGGACUGCGGCCCUGAGUUCCUGCCACGGACUGACUGGGUUUUUCCAUCUACCACAUGGAGACUUUUUUAUUGAGCCUGUCAAAAAGCAUCCCCAGGCGGAGGGAGAGUCCCACCCACACGUCGUUUACAGGAGGCAGAGGAAGGAGCCAGCCUGCGGAUUAAAGGACGGCCCUGGCGCCUCCCAGAGGCUGGAGCUGCAGCGGGAGAAGUGGGAGCGGGGCGCCUGGCCCAGCAGGAGGCUGUCCCGGCGCUCCAUCAGCAAGGAGAGGUGGGUGGAGACGCUGGUGGUGGCCGACACCAAGAUGGUGCAGUAUCAUGGGAACGACAACGUGGAGUCCUAUAUCCUCACCAUCAUGAACAUGGUCACUGGCCUGUUCCAUAACCCGAGCAUCGGCAACGCAAUCCACAUCGUCGUGGUUCGGCUCGUCCUGCUUGAAGAGGAAGAGCAAGGAUUGAAAAUAGUUCACCAUGCAGAGAAGACACUGUCCAGCUUCUGUAAGUGGCAGAAAAGCAUCAAUCCCAAGAGUGACCUCAACCCUGCCCAUCAUGACGUGGCCGUCCUUCUCACCAGAAAAGACAUCUGUGCGGGUGUCAAUCGCCCCUGUGAGACCCUGGGUCUGUCCCACCUGUCGGGAAUGUGCCAGCCUCACCGGAGUUGUAACAUCAAUGAAGACUCGGGCCUCCCUUUGGCGUUUACCAUUGCCCAUGAGCUUGGACACAGCUUCGGUAUCCAGCACGACGGGAAAGAAAAUGACUGUGAGCCCGUGGGCAGGGACCCCUACAUCAUGUCACGCCAGCUCCAGUACAAUCCCACCCCACUGACGUGGUCCAAGUGCAGCAAGGAGUAUAUUACCCGCUUCCUGGACCGAGGCUGGGGGUUCUGUCUUGAUGACAUGCCCCAAAAGAAAGGCUUGAAGUCCAAAGUCAUUGCCCCUGGAGUGAUCUAUGACGUUCACCACCAAUGCCAGCUGCAAUAUGGCCCCAAUGCUACCUUCUGCCAGGAAGUGGAAAAUGUUUGCCAGACACUGUGGUGCUUGGUGAAAGGCUUUUGUCGCUCUAAGCUGGAUGCUGCUGCGGAUGGGACACGAUGUGGCGAGAAGAAGUGGUGUAUGGCUGGCAAGUGUAUCACGGUGGGGAAGAAGCCAGAGAGCAUCCCCGGAGGCUGGGGCCGCUGGUCGCCCUGGUCCCACUGCUCCAGGACCUGUGGGGCCGGAGCCCAGAGUGCCGAGAGGCUCUGCAACAACCCCGAACCAAAGUUUGGGGGGAAGUACUGCACUGGAGAAAGGAAACGCUAUCGCCUGUGCAACGUCCACCCCUGUCGCCCAGACGCCCCGACGUUUCGGCAGAUGCAGUGCAGCGAGUUUGACACAGUGCCCUACAAGAACGCCUUCUACAACUGGUUCCCAGUGUUUAAUCCAGCACGUCCCUGUGAGCUCUUCUGCCGACCCAUCGACGGCCAGUUUUCCGAGAAAAUGCUGGAUGCUGUCAUUGACGGUACCCCCUGCUUUGAAGGCGGCAACAGCAGAAAUGUCUGUAUUAAUGGCAUAUGUAAGAUGGUCGGCUGUGACUACGAGAUCGGCUCCAACGCCACAGAGGAUCGCUGCGGGGUGUGCCUCGGGGACGGCUCUGCCUGCCAGACCGUGAGGAAGAUGUUUAAGCAGAAAGAAGGAUCUGGUUAUGUUGACAUCGGACUGAUUCCAAAAGGAGCAAGGGACAUACGGGUAAUGGAGGUAGAGGGAGCUGGAAACUUCCUGGCCAUCAGGAGUAAAGACCCUGAGAAGUAUUACCUCAAUGGAGGAUUCAUUAUCCAGUGGAAUGGGAACUACAAGCUGGCUGGGACCGUCUUUCAAUAUGACAGAAAAGGAGACCUGGAGAAAUUGAUGGCUGCAGGUCCCACCAAUGAGUCCGUGUGGCUCCAGCUUCUAUUCCAGGUGACUAACCCUGGCAUCAAGUAUGAGUACACGAUCCGGAAAGACGGCCUUGACAAUGACGUGGAGAAGCUGAUGUACUUCUGGCAGUAUGGCCGCUGGACGGAGUGCAGUGUGACAUGUGGGACAGGUGUCCGCCGCCAGACCGCCCACUGCAUGAAGAAGGGCCAUGGGAUGGUGAAAGCCACGUUCUGUGACCCAGAAACGCAGCCCAAUGGGAGACAGAAGAAGUGCCAUGACAGGGACUGCCCGCCCAGGUGGUGGGCAGGAGAGUGGGAAGCAUGUUCGGCGACAUGUGGGCCCCACGGAGACAAGAGGCGAACGGUGCUGUGCAUCCAGACCAUGGGCUCUGACGAGCAGGCUCUGCCGGCUAAGGACUGCCUGCACCUGCUCAAGCCCAAGGCUCUCAUUUCCUGCAACAGGGACAUCUUGUGUCCAUCAGACUGGACCGUAGGCAACUGGAGUGAGUGCUCUGUGUCCUGCGGCGGCGGAGUGCGGAUCCGCAGUGUCACGUGUGCCAAGAACCAUGACGAGCCCUGCGACGUGACCAGGAAACCCAACAGCCGGGCCCUGUGUGGCCUCCAGCAGUGCCCAUCUAGCCGGAGAUUUCUGAAACCCAGCAGAGGCCCAGUUUUCAACGGGAAGAAGCUCCCCACACCCGGGCCGGGCCCCUCGAUGCCCAUCCCGCCCACAGCAUCCAGGCCCAGGUUGCUGAGCACACCCGCAGCGCCCGCGUCUCUGAGCACAAGCGCCACCCCUGCCACAGCCUCAGGAGGAGCCCCGGGGGGGCCUCGGUGGCAGAACAGUUCCACCCAGACCGAACUGGACGCCCCUUAUGCCAUUUCCACUGCCGCUACGUCCCAGCCCAUGCCCCCUGCCUGGCCGCUGAGCGUCCAGCCAAGUGAAGGGACUGUUUCCAAUUCAGAGCCUGGCCCUACCUCGGACGGAGGCCUCUCGGCCACAGCAGGGAGUGUUUCUGGUCUGCCCCCUUCCAGCAGCCCCGUGACCUGGCAGGCCACCCCAUUUUAUAAUACCUUGAGCAAAGAGCCAGACAUGGAGAUGCACAGUGGCUCCGGGGAAGGCAGUGAACAGCCUAAGAACACAAGUGACAACAGCUCUGUCAUGUGGACCCAGACCAUGGCACCUGGAAACGGUGCUUCAGUGGAAAGUACAGAAAUGCCUCUGGGACCUCCGCCAACACCUUAUGUUUGGGGGGCAUCCUUGUGGCCACCUGUCAGCACGGUGACACAAGGACUGCUACCCAGCGAAGGGCCCGCUACUCUCAAAAAUGGUACACCCAGAGCUGAGGGGAUGGUCACUGAAAAGCCGGCUAACACUUCACUCCCUCUGGGGGGAGACCACCAGGCAGCGCCCUCAGAGAGGUCGGUGGACCAUAACCCCCCAGAACUUCCGAGCAGCAUGAACCUGACGCAGAGUCCGGGAGCAGUCCUGACCGAGGCCGAUGCAACCAGUCUGAUUGCUGAGGGCUUUCUGCUGAAUGCCUCCGAUUACAAGCAGCUCCCGACAGGCCGCGGCCCUGCCAGCUGGAUCGUUGGAAACUGGAGCGAGUGUUCCACCACCUGUGGGCUGGGCGCCUACUGGCGACGUGUGGAGUGCAGCACCCAGGUGGAUUCUGACUGUGCAGCCAUUCAGAAGCCUGACCCUGCGAAGAGAUGCCACCUCCGUCCCUGUGCCAGCUGGAAAGUGGGAAACUGGAGCAAGUGCUCCAGGAACUGCGGCGGCGGCUUCCAGAUCCGGGAGAUUCAGUGCGUGGACGGCCGGGACCACCGGAGCCUGAGGCCCUUUCACUGCCAGUUCUCGGCCGGCAUCCCUCCCCCGCUGAGCAUGAGCUGCAACCCGGAGCCCUGUGAGGAGUGGCAGGUGGAGCCCUGGAGCCAGUGUUCCAGGUCCUGUGGAGGCGGAGUGCAGGAGAGAGCAGUGACUUGUCCGAGGGGCCUCUGUGAUUGGGCAAAAAAGCCCGUGUCUACUGCACCCUGCAAUGGGCACCCCUGUUGUCACUGGGCCACAGGGAACUGGGACUUGUGCACGGCUUCCUGUGGAGGUGGUUUUCAGAAGAGGAAUGUCCACUGUGUUUCCUCAGAGGACAACAACACUGAAGAUCAAGACCAAUGCCAGUGUGACCAUGAACCCAGACCUCCUGAGUUCCAAAGAUGCAACCAGCAGGCCUGUAGGAAGAGUGCUGAUGUGCUUUGCACCAAGGACAACUUAUCCGCCAGUUUCUGCCAGACACUGAAAACCAUGAAGAAAUGUUCUGUGCCCACUGUGCAGGCUCAGUGCUGCCUCUCGUGCUCCCAGACACACGAGGUCCACACCCGAAGGCCAAGAAAACCACAGUUACUCAAAAGCCCCAAAGCGUCCUAAGUCCAGGAGGAAGCCACCUGCCACCAUAGACUGCCGCAGCCUGCUGACUGUGACCUGUGCUAACCCCAGGAGCCACUUCAGGAGGUGUUGCUCUGUGCAUUUCAGGACCAACUUUGGGUCAUAACAAAACAAAAUCCACUGUGUUCCAUCAGCCACAAACUGUCCCUUGCAGGAGGUGUGGGCCCAUAACACCUGCUGCUCCCUGAUAGGCAGGCGAGGUACCCGAGAGAAUUAGGCAUCUCCUGGGCUCAGCUCCUGGGAAAGUACCAGGUUAGGCAAGUCUGUGAAAUGAUGUCUUUUUUUACCCUUUAAAGAGAAAAACAGACCAGAUUUUUCCCAGGUAUCAGGAAACAGAGCCACACUUACCCAAGGAACAAAGAAUCUUGUUAAUUGACCUGGUAAAAUCAUCUUUCCCCACACCCCCUCUGCUGGGGGCAGCUGCUGUUUAAAAUAUCCUAGGAGAGCCUUUAGGAACAUUCCCUUAGUUCACCCAGGCAGAGAACCCCUAUCUUCACCCAGGACUCAAGCAGAGAGGAACAGAAAGUGCCCGCUGCAUCCCUCAGUCUGCCCCUAAUCCCUGCAGACCGUAUAUCUGGGUUGUUCAGACUCCCAUGCCCACCUAGGGCACUAGAAUAGGAGAAAGCAGGCAGGAACUGUAGGAUUUUAUAAAGCUGAGGCAUUUAGGUUACACAGAGGACAUUUCUGGCCUGAGGAUAAUUUCUAAGAAAACUGUUAAAAAGCAAAUGGACAGAAAUUAAUUUCUUGCUAGUACAGUUGACCCUUGAACAACAUGGUUUUGAACUGCAUGGGUCCACUUAUACACUAAUUUUUUUUCAGUAAAUACUCAUGUGUUUUCCAUCUGCAGUUGGGAGUCCAUGGGUGUAGGGGGCAGACUGUAUGCAUUGAUCUAUGCCAUUUUAUUUAGGGGACUUGAGCCUCCAUGAAUUUUGGCAUCUGUGUGGCUCGGGGGGAGGGGGGGUCCUGAAACCAAUACCCCACGGAUACCAAGGGAAAACUUACAUUUUGGGGGAGUCAAAAGUUAUAUGUGGAUUUUCAACUGCAUAGGGUUUGGCACCCCAACCCCUGCAUUGUUCAAGGGUCAACUAUAUAAGAAAGGGAACGUGGGCCUUUAUUCCUCCCACUUCCUGGGAAAUUUCCUUCUUGAAGAGCAAACGCGUCUUCCUGUCCCACUUUCCCUCUCUGGCACAUUCCUUGCCUGAGUCAUCAGCUCAGGUCGGACGUCUUUCUACUGCUGGGAUUUACACACAACAACUGCUGUAGCCUGGCCCAUCCUGGCCCAUGGCUGCCCCCACCCCCUCCAACCAGGUGGGAAAAUGGAGUUCCCAGUUAGAAUCUCUCAAAGAACCAGGUAGAUUGUAUUAAUACAAGAACUUAGUACAAAUUCCUAGUCUGGAGGGGGAAAAAAAUCCCUCAGAAGUGAGGUAAAGAUGACCUAUGCCCCAGUGCACCCGGUAGUUACUUUUGAGGGUCUUUUAGGGGUUGGUGGAACAGGCAAGUCAAGGGGAAUCCACAAAACAGAAAUGAAAGUCAGGGGGCUUAUCCUGGAUGUUCCCACCACCAACAGGAAUCAAAGUAGGUGAUGGUCUCAAAUUCAAGGUGAAUUUCUUGGUUUCUAAGAGGAUGUAUUUUCUUGAACUCAGUUCAGAGGGAGAGGGUGGGCGAGUGGGUGGGUGUGGAGCCUCGAGGGGAAGAGCCCUCAGAAUCACCUCCUGACAGAGGGAAGGCAGGAAGGUGGCCUUCAUGUGAUGGGCAGCGUAUUUCAAAGUCAUGCACAGGUACAGUCAAUAUCCACCAUGGAAUGCAACGUCCCAUAUCUUGAAUUAUCUAUCCGUUCAGCAGAAUGGUGCUAUUGAAAAACGGUGCUAAUAUCUA